UUCUCCUCUCCACAUAACUCCCAGCACUCUCCACUGUCUGUCUGUCGCGCAGACUCUCUCUCACUCUUCGUCUUCUCUCUCUUGCUUCACGACAAGUUCGAUUUUUGCGCAAUCCAUCACCAUGGCUGACGAGCAUGAUGUUACCUUCGAGUCCGCCGACGCCGGCGCGUCUCUCACCUACCCCAUGCAGUGCUCUGCUCUGCGCAAGAACGGCUUCGUCGUGAUCAAGGGCCGCCCCUGCAAGAUUGUCGACAUGUCCACCUCCAAGACUGGCAAGCACGGUCACGCCAAGGUCCACCUUGUCGCCCUUGACAUCUUCACUGGCAAGAAGUACGAAGAUCUUUCUCCCUCCACUCACAACAUGGAUGUCCCCAACGUCACCCGUCGUGAGUACCAGCUUCUCGACAUCUCUGACGAUGGCUUCCUCUCCCUCAUGAACGACGACGGUGACACCAAGGACGAUGUCCGCAUGCCCGACGGUGAGAUUGGUGAGAAGAUCAACAAGCUCUUCAAGGUUGAUGAGAAGGACACCAACGUUGUCGUUCUCACUUCCAUGGGAGAAGAGGCCGCCAUUGAGGCCAAGGAGGCUCCUAAGCAGUCUUAAAUUAACAAUUCUACUUUCCUCCGCCAAUUGAGUAAAAUGAAGAUUUAGGAUUUGUUUAUAGCCCCCUCGUUUCCCUCCACCUCCUGGCGUUUACUGCGGCCGUCGUAACAUCGAAUAUCCUUGGGUUGAUGUAUGGGUCGUUCCGCUCGAAGGUUGAUGGAUCGGAUUUUUUUUCAGCUAGUUUCAAUACUUGGCACUUCAAAUACCCUUCCAAAGGGCCAAUACAGUUUCCUUUGUCCUUCACGAAUCAUGGCCAAAGCUACCCAGAUGGAAGUUUGCGUAGCUGGGAAUUAUGAUAGAAAAUGAAGAUAAAAAAAAAAUGAAUGUGCAUAUUGGCUUGCUGUACAGUCUAUAAAUCGAUACAAGUAGUGAUUUGCAUAAUUGUAGACGAUUGAC